GACAAUAAAACAUAAUACAACUGGCUAUACACCAUUUUACCUAUUAUAUGGAUGUCAAACAACAUUACCUAUUGAAUUAAUAAUUCCAACAGAAUUGAGUAACAAUAAAAAUAUUAAGGAUGCAUUAAUGGAAAGAUUAUUUAAGAUAAUCAACCAAUUGGAAGAUGAUCGAUAA